UAUGUCUUUUUAUACAAAUUAUAGAAAACUAUGGCACCAACAGAAAAAAAAUUAAAGUUCAGUGAAGGAGAGAAGGUUUUGUGUUAUCACGGACCAUUACUUUAUGAAGCAAAGAUUCAUAAAAUAAAGGUAAAGGAUAGAGUUACAAAGUUCUUUGUUCACUAUGCUGGCUGGAAUGUCAAAUGGGAUGAAUGGGUUGCAGAAAGUCGAGUGAUGAAGCAUAAUGAAGAUGGUUUAAAAAAACAAAAAGAAUUAAAGCAGCAACACACCACCUCAAAAAAAGGAAAGAAAAAGGAAUUAAAAGAAGAUAAAAAGGAUGACGGUCCUCCCCCACCCACCAAACGAAGAAAGGGGAGAGCAUCGAAUAUUAACGAAUCUGAGCCGUCUUAUGUCAAUAAAAUCGAGGCAAAGAUUAUCAUUCCGCAAGAUUUGCGAAGAUUUUUGUUAGACGAUUGUGAUUUUGUUACUAGGCAACGCCAGUUAGUUCCGUUACCAAAGGGAGAUGACUUGACUGUUAAAGGUGUCACUGAUAGAUAUUUUAAGUAUCGUGAGCAGCAUCCAGAAGAUUUGAAGAAUGUGGCUACGUUGACUGAAGUUUGUAACGGUAUAAAUGAGUACUUCAAUGUUAUGUUAGGCUCACAGUUGCUUUACAAGUUUGAGCGAACACAGUAUAGUGACUUACUAAAAGAAUAUCCAAACAAACCGCUUUGCGAAACAUACGGAUGCGAACAUUUGCUUCGAUUAUUCGUAAAACUUGGUAGUGUUUUGGCGUUUAGUUGCCUCGAUGAAAGUAGCAUGGAAUUUGUGGUUGUACACAUUCAUGAUUUCCUUGACUUUAUGAUGAAGAAUGCGGAAGAUUUAUUUGUAGCAGAAUACGAGAAUUCCACACCAGAUUACCACAGAAGAUCUGCCGUGUAAAAAAAAUUAAUAGGAAAUUUUUUUUUAAUAUCUUAAAAGAAAUUUAUGUAGUAAUGGUGAAAUUGAUGGAAUAUAUUUCUUUUUUAUAA